UCCUCCAAUGGCGUUAACGAACGGAAGCACGUGGGUAAACAGGAAGUACUCUCGGCAUUUGGCGGGUUGAGCAGAGAAGACGCGCAAAAAUGGCGGCUGUAAAUGACAUGGAGAAGAAGCUUGCGGAGUAUAAAUGUGACACCAAUGAAGCUGUGUGUCUGAAAUUAGUGCGGUUCCCGGAGGAUAUAGAUGAUGAAAGCACAACAUUUCACCCCGAGUACACUCAUCAGCUGUAUGGAGAUGAUGAAGUGGCGUUUGGCUACAAAGGUCUUCAGAUCCAGCUGUACUACAGCGCAGGGAACCUGAGCACCCUGUUUAAAGUCAAGUACACGGCCAGGGUCACAGACACCUUUGACUGUGUGGAGCCAGAUGAUGUGGAGGGGAAGGUCCGAGAGAUCAUUCCUGCUGGGUUCUGCUGUAACACAGAUGACUUCAUCUCUCUCCUGGAGAAAGAGGCCAACUUCAAACCCUUCGGCAGCCUGCUGCACACCUACAAAGUGCACAGUGUGGAGGCGGGAGAGGAUCUCACCUACCAGAUACACAAGGUGGAUGUCUCGUGUCCAGGGUUCAGAGAGUACCACGAGCGCUUGCAGACGUUUCUCAUGUGGUUCAUUGAGACGGCCAGUUUCAUCGAUGUGGAUGACGAUCGCUGGGAUUUCUUCCUCGUAUUCGAGAAGUACAAUAAGGAUGGAGAGACCCUCUACGCGACGGUUGGCUACAUGACAGUGUAUAAUUACUACGUAUACCCAGACAAAACCAGACCACGUGUCAGCCAGACGCUGAUCUUGCCACCAUUUCAGGGAGAAGGGCACGGGGCUCAGCUCUUAGAGACAGUCCACCGAUACUACUGCACUUCUGCUAAAGUACAGGACAUCACAGCGGAAGACCCGUCUGAAAACUAUGUGAAGCUGAGAGAUUUUGUGCUGGUGAAGCUGUGCUUGACUCUGCCGUCCUUCUCCAGUGAGAAACUCUCACAGGGCUUCAGUGAAGAGAUGGUGUCUGAGGCCAGAGAGAAACUCAAGAUCAACAAGAAACAUGCACGCCGUGUUUAUGAAAUCCUCCGUCUCAGAAACACAGACAUGAGCGAUGAAGAGAAAGCCAGAGAAUUUCGUCUGGAGGUGAAAAAAAGACUCUAUGGACCCUACAGAAAAAACCAGCGUGAGCUGACUAAGAUGCGGAAAUGUUUGAGGCCAGAGGAGUUGGCGUCCCACAUCAGCCAGAUGGACACGAGUCUGCAACACGAGGAGCUGGAGAAAAGCUUCCAGGACGUGCUGGCGGAGUAUCGCAGAGUCCUGGAGCGACUGGCGCAGGCUUGAACACACGAGACUUCUUCUGGAAAGAUCUGGAAAAGACUGGCCAAGACACACACACACUGUUCUGUUGCAUUGUAUCCAGUGUUAAUAAGGGUUUAAACCUGACACAUCUGCAUUUGUUACUUGAGUGAUUUACAGACUUAUUCACAUAAUUAGAGAUGAGUGCAUUGGUCUACUGCGAAGAUGAACUCUGAAGAUUUGUUGAUAUUGUUAUUGGUUUUUUCCAUCAAACAUUUUCCUUAAAAUGUAAAAAUGUAGAUUUUGAAGCACUUCCUAUGAAAAACAAAUAAAAUGUUUUGUAUAUUUCUCCAAUGUAUCUCUUUGGUGAUGGGUCUAAAAUAAAAACAUCUUCGUUUUA